GAGAUGAAUGAGAUCUCCCGCGGCUCCUCUCGGCCAUUUUAGCUUUCAAGUCGUUAGGUCUGUACCUUCUCUUCUGAGCGGGCGCUUCAACAGCAUCAGCAAUGGCCGUCGGGAAGAACAAGAGGAUUUCCAAGGGAAAGAAGGGUGGGAAGAAGAAGGCAGUCGAUCCCUUCGCUAAGAAAGAUUGGUAUGAUAUCAAGGCCCCGUCAGUCUUCAACGUGCGUACCGUUGGAAAAACCCUAGUGACAAGGACACAGGGUACCAAGAUAGCAUCUGAAGGCCUUAAGCAUCGAGUUUUUGAGGUUUGCCUUGCUGAUCUCCAAAACGAUGAUGACCAAUCAUACAGAAAGAUUCGUCUCCGUGCAGAGGAUGUACAAGGAAGGAAUGUACUUACAAACUUUUGGGGCAUGGAUUUCACCACUGACAAGCUUAGAUCACUAGUGCGCAAGUGGCAGACACUGAUAGAGGCUCAUGUGGAUGUCAAGACAACGGACAAUUACACUCUUAGGAUGUUCUGUAUUGGUUUUACCAGGAGACGUCCUAAUCAGGUGAAGCGUACUUGCUAUGCUCAAACUAGCCAGAUCAGACAGAUCCGCCGGAAGAUGAGAGAAAUAAUGGUCAACCAAGCUACAUCUUGUGACCUGAAGGAGCUGGUGCAGAAGUUCAUUCCUGAAGUCAUUGGGAAGGAGAUAGAGAAGGCAACAUCAAGCAUCUAUCCUCUCCAGAAUGUCUUCAUCCGCAAAGUAAAAAUCUUGAAGGCCCCCAAGUUUGACCUUGGAAAGCUGAUGGAGGUCCACGGUGAUUACUCUGAGGAUGUUGGUGUUAAAGUGGAUAGGCCUGCUGAUGAUACUCAAAUGGAAGGGGAAACAGAAAUUGUUGGGGCUUGAAGAUGAGGUUUAUGUUUAUGAAAUCAUGGGAUCUCUUUAAGUUGCAACGGAACUAAUUAUUUUUAGCAGUUUUUUCGUGGACCCAGCAAUUUUGGUAGUUGAAAAAUAGUCAUCCUUAUUUUGGCAUAUCAAAUUUUUUAAACGAGGUUGGACGUUGGAGUUCUAAUUGAUUACUUAUUUAUGAAUGCAUUAGCCAUUAGGAUUACUUGCAGGUUA